UUUAUAAAUAGACGCGACAUGCUCCUCCAUCCGCCAGCGACGUCCUCGGUGCUGAUUAAACACCCGAGAAAAAAAAAUCAAGGGGAAAUUUUGACGGGACUGGCGUGUGAUGGAGCAUGGGGAAUACAGCCGUCCAGGGAAGAAGAGGAACACUCGCUGCCUGGCCAUAAGUGUGUGCGCGGCGCUCCUCAUUGUCAUUGUCAUAGCUCUUGCACUGGGACUGUCGCUCAGUCACAGGAAUGAGGGAUUUAAGGCGACAUUCAUUGCCAGAUGUGAGGGGUUCCACGGGAAAAGCAAAGGAUAUGACUGUCAGAAGAUAUGGAGUGCGUUUGAGCAAGCGUAUGUGGGGCAGGACCCAUGCAAAGUUCCAGUGGAAGCCUAUGACCCCCUCAUCGCUGCAGCACCCUUUGAACCCGCGUGCAACAGAAUGAUGUUCUGGAGCAAAACACAAGAUUUUGUGCAUGAUUUCACUGAGAAGAAGGACUGUUUUGUUACUCUGGAGGACACUCUUUUGGGCUUCACCCUGGAUGGACUGACCUGGUGUGGAAAGGAGGGCAGCAGCGAAACAUUCACUACUGGGUGUCCAGGAUGGUCGCAGUGUGAAAAAAACCCUGUUCGCUCAUUCUGGAUCCGAGCCUCAGAUGGAUUUGCAGCUAGCGCAUGCGGUGACGUCACAGCGAUGUUAAAUGGAUCCAUCGACACGCCGUUCAGUCCCACAAGCAUUUUUGGGAGCAUUGAGGUCAAGAGAUUCAACUCCACCACGGUGAAGACCCUGACUGUUGUUCUGGUCACGCAGGAGAGCCCCACGACAAACUGCACCAAUGCAUCUUUAAAGGACCUACAGAAAGAACUGGAUCAAGGAAUUAAAUAUACGUGCAAAGACGUGCCUGAAUCCAAGAUCAACGAGUGCAGCUCCCGUCCUGACGUACCGUGUGGAGCCUGCUGGUAAAGGAGUCCAAUCACAAGACGCAGCAGGAAGCACCUUGGCAUUGUAUUUGUGUUUGUCUUAAUGUCAUUUCAAAACUUUGUAAAUUCAUGAAUGUCUGUGCUAGAUUAAAUAUAUUUUAUACUUGUGGACGAACUAAAUUUUAAAUGUGAUCAGCGUUGUUUUACAAUACAGAAAUUUUACUUUUUGUAUGAUGUCUUUUUACACAUGACUCACUGACACAGUCACAGCCUGACAAUAGCCUUUGUAUUUUUUUGGUGAAAGGGAACUGGUGAAAUAUGUGUUUUAAGAUUAAAUAAAAGUGCUGCUGACAAAUUAUCGUUGACAAUGUCACACUUUCUACUUCAUGAUGAAUUUCAAAAACUUUUGAAUAAAAUGUUGAAAUAAG